AUGGAGAGACCAUCAACUUUAAAGGUGAUAACUGCAAUGAAGUGGUUGAACGUUGGAAAAACCUUUCUGGAAUUCGACAUCUUUGAAAAUGAUGCUCAUUGGAAGAAUCUAUCAUUUGAGAAUCUUGAACGAUUCAAGGUCUCGAUGGGAGGUUCUUUAAACGAAGAUUAUGAUUUCAUAACAAGAAAGCACUCUUUCGAAAACACGUUGAAGUUGGUAACCCAAAAAGGUGAACUAAUGGGAUCUAGAAUUAACGAGUUAUUUGAGAAAACGGUGGUGCUGUGUUUAAGUGUGGAUGAUAUGAAUGAUCUUGAAGAUGUUGAGGUGAAGUCUUCACUGCAUCCUCAGUCCUCUUCUGUUGCAAAAACUCUGUCAAAUCUUGAAUAUCUCAAGGUUUGUGAUUGCCCUGUUAUGAAAGAACUCAUACAUAACGGGGAUAGAGGAGAAGAGACAAUUACAUUCCCCAAGUUGAAGCUUCUAUUGUUGAGUGGGCUACCAGAGUUAUUGGAUUUGUGCCAGAAUGUCAACAUAAUUGCGCUACCACAACUCAAGGAGUUGAGAAUCAGCGGAAUUCCAAAUAUCACAAGCGUUUAUUCCAAGAAUAAGCUGGCAACAUCUUGCUCCUUAAAGGAAGAUGUUUUGGUUCCUAAGUUGGAGAAACUAUACAUUGAGCAUAUGGGUGGUUUGGAGGAGAUAUGGCCUUGUGACUUUAGGACGAGUGAGAAAGUUAAGUUGAGAGAGAUUGAAGUGGUUGAGUGUGAAAAUCUUGUGAAUAUAUUUCCAUGCAAUCCCAUGCCAUUGUUGUGUGAGCUUGAAGGGUUUAAAGUCAAGGAUUCUGGUUCCGUUGAAUCGUUGUUUAACAUCGACUUGGAUUGCAUUGGUGAGACUGGAGAAGGCGGCAACAUCAACAGUUUGAGAAACAUUGAAGUAGAGAAAUUAAGGAAGCUAAGGGAGGUGUGGAGGAUAAAAGGUGGUGAAAAUAACUCUUGUCUCCCUAUCCGUUGCUUUCAAGUUGUUGAAAGCAUAAGUAUUGAGAGUUGUAAAAGAUUUAGAAAUUUUCUCUCACCUAUUACCACCGAUUUUGAUCUCGGGGCACUUAUCUACAUGAAAAUAGAUGAUUCGGAUGGAAUCAGAAGAAAAUAUGGAUCGGUUGAAAGUAGCUCAGGGCAAGAGAAUACUUUAUUCCCAUCAUGUCUCACACACUCAUUUCAUAAUCUCCAUAAUCUUAAGUUGGGGAGAUAUCUAGGAGUAGAGGUGAUAUUUGAGAUCAAGAGUACUCCAACAAGUCAGGAUAAUCAACAACAUAUACUUCCCUACCUUGAGAAUUUGGAAAUAAGUGAUAUGGAGGGGAUGAGUCACUGUAUUGGUGGUGGUGGUGCCAAGACUGGGAACAAUGAAAUAUCUUUCAGCAGUACCAUUACAAAUACCUCCUUUCUUCAUCAAUAUAAGCUGGGGGAAACGAAAAUCCCAAAAGGGUUUCUUUAUGCGUUCCCUUCACCUCCGUUGAUGUCGUUUUCCAAGGCCAGUCUGGAUAAUCAGUAUCAUCAUCAGCCUGACAUCACGUUGAGACGGAAGACUUGGUGGUGGGUUUUCCUUUUGGCCGGUGGAGUUUCUCCCAAUGAUGCUUUCUACUCUUACAUCCCCUUUAAUCGACACCUCUUCUUCUUUGCUGCUUACUCACCCUAA